UCUGUCAAAAUGAAAGAGUUUCCCGUCUUAUUAUCUAUGACUUCAAUAGUUCUGUUCAUAUCCUUGUAUUACUUAAUAAUAAAAAAUGUUGACAAAAUCUAAAUACACAAAUAUAUCCGGUAUUUUCCGUUUAUAUGCAACUGUGGCUGCUCCUGCAAUCAAACAAAAACCCAAUCAAGCCCAAACCCCUAAACAAAAGCCUAUUAUCUGCUGCAAGCGGACCCAGUUUAAUAUGUAUGUGCCCGCUCCAGAAGGAAGUGAGUUUGGUACAAUACCAUUGGCGUCCAGUGGCUGGAAGCAUUAUAAAGCGAAAGAAGAUUUCAUCAUAUUUAACGCAACUGUAAGUAAAGCAGACAUACAGGCAGAAAUGCUACAAAUAGAAGAUUUCCUUAGUGGCACCAAUGUCUGUUUGAAUGAUAAGUUGCUGGAAAAUCUAAGUACAGAAAUGAAGAUAAAUGCCUUCACUAGCAUUCAAGCAAGGGCUAUACCCAGGGUGUACGACAGCCAUCAUGUGCUCAUCGCCGCAGAGACAGGAUGUGGCAAAACACUUGCCUAUAUGCUCCCCAUUAUACAACGCAUAAUCGAACGGAAGCAAUCCUCAUCACAGACACAGCAAAACGGUCGAAAGUUUAACACGCCCAUGGCUAUUAUAAUAUCGCCUGGACGUGAAUUAGCUACACAAAUCGGAAAUGUGGCACAAAAACUGUGUCAGCAAACAGGAUUGCAAGUUAAGACAAUAUUGGGUGGAAAUACAAAGCGUUUAAUGAUCGAUCCCGAAUUCUCUGAUGUCGACAUACUUGUAGCAACGAUCGGAGCCCUUAGUAAGCUCGUAACAACGGGAAUUUAUCGAAUGGAGGCGGUGCGUCACGUUGUACUAGACGAAGCCGACACUUUGUUAGACGAUAGCUUUUCUGAUAAACUAGGAUAUUUUCUGAAGCGCUUUGCGUUUCAUAAAAACCAUACGCAAGAUGAGCACACUGUGGGUACCCAACUAAUAUUGGCUUCAGCGACAAUGCCUACGAACACAGAGGAAAUGCUGCAGCGGGUGAUAGAUGUACAGACAUUGCACGAAAUUUCAAGUCCAAAUUUGCACAAAUUAAUGCCACACGUAGAACAACGUUUUUUGCGUAUGUCCAAACAAAGCCGACCCCCCACUUUGUUAAGUUUAGUCAAGAAGAAUAUCGCUAAAAAGCAGCCACUCAUAGUGUUCAGUAAUAAAACGGCCACAAGUGAUUUCGUCGAUAUUUACCUUAAUAACAAUGAUGUGCGCAGUGUUAAUUUGAAUGGCGAUAUGCUUAUGAAAAUUCGCAUUGGACGCUUUGAACAAUUCCAGAAUGGUGAAUAUGAUGUCCUCUCGACUACAGACAUUGGCAGUCGCGGACUAGACACAACAACAGCACGCCAUGUAAUCAAUUUCGAUUUUCCACUACAUGUAUCAGACUAUAUACAUCGCUGUGGACGCAUUGGACGUGUGGGUAAUUUAAAAUCUUCAUUGGUUACAAACUUCAUAUCUUCGCGACGCGAAGUAGAAGUUGUGCAAAGAAUCGAGCAUGCAGCUCGCACGGGUGGUUUGCUGCCGGAUGUUAAUGCAAACAUAAAAAAUAUUAUAAACAAACGAAUAAUGAAGGAUAUGCAGGCGGCAGGCAUAGAGGUUACGGAAGAAGAAGCCUUCUAGCUAUCUUUUAAAGCUAAAAAUAUUUAAGAAAAUACUUUGGUUAAUAUAAACUGUUAAACGAAAUAUUUAUAUUCUUAGAUAGUAAUAACUACUGAGCGGCACAAUACGUCGCUCGUUGGUUAAUGGUUUGAAUAAUUUUCGACGUGCUAUAAGUAUAUCAUUGUGUCCACUUUGAACGACCAGCUUAUUUGAUUCCACAUUCGGCUUCAUGAGAUUUGCAGAAAUUUUGGAUUUAAUUAUUACUGGACGGCACCCGGCAAACUUGAAUCGUAUAUUACCCGCACGAUUCAAUUGAAGAUUAGGUGAUACCAAGUCGGGGAAGACUUCUUCGAUUUUUGGCUUGGGCUUUAACGCUUUAUUUGGAUCGUCUCCAUGGCACAUAGCAGCAGCUAAUGUACUCCACUCUAAGCGUCGUACACCAGGUUUAGAAUAUAUUUUAAAGGUACCCAUUUUCCGUCUCAUGAAGCGAUAGGCUAGAAACUUUUCAAAGUAUUCUGUAAAUCGGAGUAAAUGGUUGAGACGAUUCCUCAUUGUACAAAGUGAAUUACUUACGCGCAUAAUAUAUCAAAAAAGGCUGCAACUUAUCACCUCCGCAUAAGAACUCUAACCAUUCAUAAAGAAAUAUGUCAUCUGGUCCGUGUAUAAAGACAGCACUUAGCUAAACCAAAUACAAAUUACAUAUUAUAUGAAAAUAAGAACUAAA